AUGUCCAAAGUCUACGUAGCAAUAAUCGGAGCCGGCGGCGUCGGCAAAGCCUUCAUCUCCCAGCUCGCGUCCUACGCCUCGACCUCCCGCCGCCCCCUCAGCACAAUUCUCAUCGCGCGCAGCACCCAAGCCAUCAUCUCCGCCGACUAUAGCGGGAUCGACCUCACCUCCUGGAGCACCGCGGCCACCAGCCCCGCCCCCUCCUUCUCGCAGACCCUCUCCUUCCUGACCGCCGCUCCCGGCCCCGUCAUCCUCGUCGACAACACCGCCGACGUCGGCUUCGCGGGGAACUACCCGGCCCUGCUCAAGUCGGGCAUCAGCGUCGUCACGCCAAACAAGAAGGGCUUCUCCAGUGACCUCUCCCUCUGGAACGCUAUCUACGAUGCAUCCGCCAACAACGGUGUCGACGGCGCCGGAUAUGUCUUCCACGAGGCGACGGUCGGCGCGGGCCUCCCUGUCUUGAGCACGCUCAAGGAGCUCAUCGAGACGGGCGAUGAGGUGCAGAAGAUCGAGGGUGUGUUCUCGGGGACCAUGAGCUUCCUGUUUAACUCGUUUGCGCCGCUGGGCGGCGAUAACGGCGGGAAGGGCUUCGCAGAGUGUGUCAAGGAGGCCAGGGACCUGGGGUACACGGAGCCUGAUCCGAGGGAUGACCUGAAUGGGCUGGAUGUGGCGAGGAAGUUGACAAUCCUCGCAAGGCUGUCGGGGCUGAUGGUCGAGUCGCCGACGUCGUUUCCGAUACAGUCGUUGGUACCCGAGCCGCUAGUUGCGGCUAAGACGGCGGAGGAGUUUCUUGAGGGGCUAGCGGGCUUCGAUGGGGAGAUGAAGAGCGUGAAGGAGGAGGCGGAGGCUGCGGGUGGGGUGACGAGGUUUGUGGGGAGCUUGGACGUCGGGACGAAGGCGGUCAGUGUGGGGCUGAAGACCUUCGAUAAAUCUUCGGCGAUUGCGGGAUUGAAGGGGAGUGAUAACAUCAUCUCUUUCUACACCAAGAGAUAUGGCGAGAGAGCACUCAUUGUGCAGGGUGCAGGUGCUGGAGCUGAAGUCACAGCCAUGGGAGUCCUUGGAGACCUCAUCAAGGUUUUGCAAAGGCUAAAAUAA